GGUGAACCGGGUAGUGCUUUUUUCAAAACGUCUACAUUUUCUGACUUGUUUUCGCAUCAUAAUGAUACCUGAUCCAUCCGAAUUAGUUCACGGUAAAUCAGUCGAUAUAGAAAAGCCUCGAUAUGAUCAGUCCACAUACAUUGGCAGAGCCAAACACUUUUUUAUUACAACUAAUCCUUUGAACGCAUUCAAAACAUCUACUGAAUUAGAAGAAGCAAGGACCAUCGUUCAUAAUUAUAGGAUAGGGAUUAUUCAACCCGGUUUAACUGUAGAAAAGCUUUGGCAAGCAAAAAAUGUGUACGACUCAGCGUUCCAUCCAGACACAGGAGAAAAAAUGAUACUCAUUGGACGCAUGUCAUUUCAAGUUCCUGGGAAUAUGUUUAUAACGGGUUGUUUGCUACAGUUUUACAAGUCUACACCGGCUGUCAUAUUUUGGCAAUGGUUUAACCAAACAUUCAAUGCCGUUGUAAAUUAUACCAAUCGUAGUGGUGACGCACCUAUUUCAUUAACACGUCUUGGGAUAUCAUAUGUUUUGGCUACUGGUGGAGCAUUAGGCACUGCAUUAACUAUCAAUAAACAAGUUCAAAAAUUCCCUCCUAUAAUUGGUCGAUUUGUACCAUUUAUUGCAGUCUCUGCAGCUAAUUGUAUUAAUAUUCCAUGUAUGAGAAGUGCAGAACUAACUGAAGGUACACCUAUAUUGGAUGAAAAUGGUGAGAAAUUGGGUAAAUCAACUGUUGUAGGACGUAGAGCUGUUAGUCAAGUGGUUUUAUCACGAAUAUUAAUGGCUUCCCCUGGAAUGACAAUUUUGCCUUUUGUGAUGCAAUCAUUGGAAAAACAAAAAUUGCUUAUUCGUUAUCCUUGGUUGGGAGCUCCAAUACAAAUUAGCUUAGUCGGUUUAGUGUUAUCACUUGUAACGCCUUUAUGCUGUGCUGUAUUCCCACAAAUCAGUUCAAUUCCAUUUCAUAAACUUGAACCUGAUGUUCAAGCACAUAUUAAAGAAAUUCGAUCUGAUCGGUUACCUUCAGUUGUUUAUUAUAAUAAAGGUUUAUAAUUUGUUUUAAAUAAACAAAAACAAAAUAAAUGAAUGUUCGAAUUAAAUUCCAUAUCUGUAAGAGGAAAAUUAAUUUUAUAUGAAUGUAUUCCAUUUAUUCACAAUUGCAUUUUAGUUAUUAUUCUAAUAUUAUUUUUGUCAAAUGAUUUGUUAGAUUUGAAAUAGUCCAUUUAGAUGCAAUGUAUUUAAUAUACUUUUCUGGUGUAGAACAAUUGAUUUCAUUCAUUUAAACAAUAUUUCUACUUCUCUAACUAUUUAGUAAGUGUUCGAAGUAAUUGAAUAUACUGAGGAAUUGUUUUAUUCUUCUAAAGGUAUGACGUUUUUAAUUAUUUGAAUCACCAGGUUUCCCAGUGCUCCUCUAAUAGUUAUUGAUAUUAUCAUGUAGUCUGAUACAAUCCCAAUUGUUGCUGCUACCUUGACGUGGUGAUCGGGCUUCCUUAUCGUAAUGAACCAAUCGAGUUAUACUGACUGGAAUAAUCGUUCCUCAAGGUCUUACUAUUCCAGGCAGGUCGGUUGAGGAGUGGUAAGAUUAAAAGCUGCAAACCCAAGAACCGAAGAAGUCGUACUGCUGAUUGUAUAGGGAUGUGAGAGCAGUAAGGUGUUUCCCUCAGACAGACAGCAUAACAGCGAUGCUGUCUUCCCACAAAGGAGGGAUUGGGUUAGAAAAUGUCGACCCUAAAAAUGCACACCUCGCCUUAUCACACGGAUUUUCGUCUCCAGCGGCUAGGUUUCAACAAACACGGAGUUAACACAAAAAGUUGUGUGUGAUCUGCCACAAGCAGUUGUUCCUUAGGCACUGCAGUCACGCUCUCAGGUCGCUAAAACCAACUCUAACCCAAUUUUCUUUUCAGGUACCUCCAGAAGAACCCUUCCAUGGUGUGGGCAACCGGAAAGUGAUAACUGCCUUCAUACCUUUAACAGCCCUCAAAAUCACUGUAUUCAUAUUUGAUUCCCCCCUUUGGUACAAUAAUAAAUGCAUAUUUUUCUGAACAGUAGUGGUCGACAACAAAUAAGUGUUCAACUCUCGUAUUUUAUCAAGGCAUAGAAAUGUCACACCGUAGCACUUUAUCUGUAACAGAAAACAGUUAUUACUGAACUCAAAUGCAACUUGUUAAGUGUAUUUCUAACUAGCCUUAAAUUCUCAUCGAAAGAUCCUAUGGUUUAAGCAGAUUGAUAUCAUAGCAAAAUAAACUAUUCAUCAUUAUUGGUGCUCAAGUCGCGAAGCAAUGGGAACCAAAUUCUGAACUUGAGCAAUUUCUAUACCAUAGCUCAUUAUUGUUAUUAUUAUUAGCUUUAUUCAAUAUUAUAAUUUUGGUACAAUAUAGAAUUCUCAGCGCAAAGUAUUUCAACAGGUUCCCGUUUCUUUCUUCUUGGUCGGUCCUGGCGAUAAAUAUUGAGGGAUCACCAGUUAGAUGUUAGCACUUCAGUGAAUGAACAACUGAAUAAUGUACAUUCUUUUCGUUGUAUAUUGCCAGCAACCAUAUUGUCUCUUAUUGAGUUUUCUGUAACUUUGACAACGAAAGGUUGUACACUUUUCAGAAACGCAGCAGAAUAGGUUAUGCGAAUAAUUAACAUAAUGAUAUAUUAAAACAAACAACAAUAGAUAACUUGUUGAAAUAUCUAGAUGGCAGAAACAGGUAGCCCAGAUGCUAAAGCAGACCGCCCUUGUCGUAGCCUGAUUAGGUCACUUCCUGUCAGGUGUCACGUCAUGUACUUAUGUAAUUUUUGUAACACCAUUAGUAUUACAAACAAGAACAGAAAUCGUGGCGUCCUGGUUGUUCUUCAGUAAUGACUGUAUAUGAAACCAUAUAUAGUUUUCUAGACCUGUUUAUAAUCCACCAAUCAAUUUGACUAGGUCUCAAUAUGUUGGCGUUCUGACUGAUAAGUGAACUUGUAGGACCCAAUUCAAACAUCAGUUUGCCUAGUUAUGAUAACUGUCAAGUGUUUUAUAAAUAUCAGCUGUUAUCAACAGUCAGUGAGGCUGCGUACUGUAUAGUUAGUUUUCUGAUGUUGUGUUUUUCCUUCUCAUAUACAAUGUGUGUUUAUUCAUUUCAUCAACCUAGUUCGAUCUACCUAGUAUUACAAAAUUCAAUCACAAGCAAGUUUAAGCAUUACAAUCAAUCCACAUCAGGAUCCUAAAACUCUAUCUUCUGGUAAUGUUAUUCGUGGUGCUGACAUAGAUUGCUGUUGUCUUGUAAAAUUUGUUGAAGUCCUUUUUGACAAUGAUAAGACAUCAUAAGAAACGCUCAUAAUGCAGUCGUGUCAGCACAAAGACAGCAUUUAUUCGGUACUCAGCAUUUUUCUCAAUUGCUGUCAAGUUUUAUGCUUGGGAACCACACUCGUCCAAUCAUUAUCAAAUUUCAGGCGCUUAAGAUUAUCCAGAUAAAUGCCUACAAAAGAUAUUCCGAAGAACUUGACGCUCCGAGGGACUAAAGCUUUUAACAGUGCAAUAGCUCGGCAUCUACUUGACACCGGGCAUACCGUCGAUAUUAUGCGCGCAUUUAAAAUUAUCAAUAGACAAAGUACUACUACCACUCUCCGCUUUGCUGAAGCCAUUGCAAUUAAGAAACUGAAACUGGACUUAUGCAUCCAAAAAGAGACUUUAAUAAACUUAUCACUACCCUGGUAAUCCCUUUGUUUCUGUUUGUUUUGUGUUUUGGUUAUUUUAUUCAUUUAUUUAUUCUAAGAUAAUUUAUACUCCCCCCUAUUACCUAAUUCUUAAAAUAAAUUUUAUUCACACAUUUCCAUCACCUGAUCAUCUUAAAUCAUCUUAACUUUCAAAACCCUAUUUAAUUAUUAUUACUUAAUCUACCUUAUCAUUAUUUAAUUCCAUUAAUCUCUACAAUUAUCACACAAUUUAUGAACUUCACUGAAUUAUUACACCACCCACCCUGGAUUAACCCCCCCUCCUUUGACCUCUGACCUGUUUCUAGCAUAUAUAUAUAUAGUUAUUAUUGUAACCCAGUUAUUUACACUCAUCUAUGUCAUUUGUUCUCACUCAAUCUCCAUGUAAAAAUUCUAUCAUAAUUUUGGUUUGUAAGCAGCUGACGACAAACCUCGAAAUAAUAUGAAUUCAUCCUAUUCUGCA